AUGAAGCAUAAUAACGCAUUAACCACCGGACACUACAAAAAGACUUCUCUGAAAUACAAGACAUGGUUCCACCAGCCAAUCCAGAAGAAGCUUAGAAGCCAGCUGAGAAAGGAGAAGGCACAGAAGAUCGCUCCAAUGAACGUAGAGCUACUUAGACCCAUUGUAAGAGCAAACAGCAGAAGAUACAACAUCAACCAGAGACUUGGAAGAGGAUUUUCUAUUGUUGAGGUUAUGCAGGCCGGAUUAGACGUAAAGCAGGCAAGACAGCUAGGAAUAUCUGUCAACAUGCAGAGAUACACCAGAUCAGUUGAGUCCCUUAACUUAAACGUAGAGAGAAUCAAGGAGUAUCUAUCAAAGAUCACUGUCUAUGAAACAAAGAAGGAGGCACUUGAGGCAGGCGCAGUACAGCACAAGUCUACUAUUAUGCCAAUAGAAAAGAAGAAGAUUGUUAUCCAGUCUAUGCCUCUGUCUGAGGUCAAGUCCGAGGUGGCAGCAUGCGACGAGAUGUUCAAGCUAAGAGAAGAGACAAUCAGAAUGAAGUCAUGGAAAGAGAAGCACGGCCUUCUGAAGCCACUUAACCCAAAGCACAGACAGGAAGCUAUGAAAUAA